UAAAAAAAAUAUACAGAAUGCCGCACAAACGGAAAACACGCUUACAAUAUAAUCCGAAGCAAGUUUCACGUCGGGUGCAGAUAACUUCAUCAGUGCCAAACGUUUGCGUGAAAUCGCAAAAUGAAUCACCUACAGACUUUAUGUCCGCUGAAGAUAGGCCUGUGCAGCAGCUAAAAGCGCAUUCGCGCAAUGCAGCCAAUAAGUUUGCUGUGCCGCAGUAUAAUACCAUGGUACGCAGCCAGGUUGAGUUAAGCUCUUUGCGGAAGAUGCAGGUGGAGGCUUCAGCAGAACUAACGCCACGCACCAAGGCGGCUAUUGCGCCGAAGGUUGCCCAAAAGCUGAACUUUCCACAAGCCCGAACAGUAUUCAGAGACUUGAUACCCAUUAAUGUCAACGACUCAUUGCGUGAAAUAGAGCGACCGAGAAUGACAAAAUCCAAGGAAUGCACCAAAUCCAAUAUUUCCGAACCAGUACUAGCCGACUACAUGGAGAAAAUUGAAUAUGUGCAGCUUUUAAUGCCCGAACCGGAGCUGAUAAUGGAAUUUACCUGUGAUGCAUUUGAUUUCCUGCAGGCUUAUAGCAAAUGCUAUCGUUUCAAAUAAGAAAAUAAUACUCUGGUUUUUUAAGUUAAACAUUUAAUUAUUCCGA